ACCCACGCGCACCCUGUCAAGUCCGCCGGCGACCGCUAUAAAAAUCUGCACCCAAAGCUAGGGCCGACCUUUUCCGAUCUCGCACUAGUCAGCCGACGCUCGUGUGACUGUUGUACUAGAACGGAGUGCCCGCAUUGCAUACUGAGAAAACGUAUUGUGACGAUGACCGGUAAACUUUCCUUGUUGUUGAUUCUCGGCACGUUGGCUGCUAUGUCUAUCGUCAGCCCGUCGGUCGAGGCGCGGUAUCUUCCCACCAGAGGAACGGACGACCGGCUGACCAGAUUGAAGGAACUACUGACGGACCUUUUGAACACCGAUGUGCAGCAACCCAAUUACGAGCUGGAAAGGUCUUAUGUCGACCACGGGGAUCCGAUUGGCGACUAUAGUAGGCUGAGCGUGCCCAGAGAGUAUAACGUGCCCGAAAAGACUCUGAUGGAACUGUUCAACCCAGCGGUACCACAUCAUCAACGGCCAAGGUCUUAAAAUUGCGGAAGAUAUUUGAAUCUUGAAACAUUUUUAUUAUAUAUAAUAAUCUAUUAUACAUAAAUUUAUAUAAACUUAUAAAUUACACAUAUAAUAUAAACUGUCCUUUAAGCUCGGUUGUGUUUGAUGCGAGUUACUAUAACUAUGAUAGCUUUUCCUUGGAACAAUAUAUUUUACCGAUUUUAUUACAAAAAAUGAAACUUAGUCAAUAGAUUCGCAUAUCCGAUUAUCUAAACAUGUUACUUUUUCUCUUACUCGUAUUUUAUGUAAUAACCCGUUAACCAUAAAUUAUAAUACCUUUUA